AUGGAUGUUAAAGAGAAAGGGCUUGUAAAGAUUAUAAGAGUCCAACCAAAAGAUUGGACUUGGGUCCAACAUCAAAAUGCGAAGGGCCCGAACAGGGUGGAGCAAAUCGUCAAGGGUUACGCCAACCUCAUCUCCCUCAUUGAGCCCAUGGCCUUUCACUGUGUCCUAGUGCAUAAGACUCCUACUACUGCAGAAUGUGGGGUCUCAGAUGCACCAACCUUAUCCUCCCAUGCGAAGAGAAGCAUUGUUGAGUAUGUUGCACACCUAGCCCACGCUGAAUUUGCAGAUGAGUUCUUGGCUGCAGGGGAAGUAGUCAUUGUUAUUGACUACAAGCCAGCCAUAGUCUUAAUAAUAAUGAGAGAAUGCAGAUUCCCCUUCCAUUUUUACUAG